UGAGCGGAGAAAGUCCCACUGCGGAGUCGGCUGCGAGAUGAUGGGGGGCUCCUGCGGAUUGGACUUGGGGGUCCUCCUUGGGGCGGCAGUGCUGGCGGUGCUGGUCUCCCCUCCGGAGGUGCUGGGCGUGGAGGAGCCGCCAGAGCAUUUCCUCUUCCAGAAGAAGGCCGAGUGCCACUUCUCCGCCUCCUCCGCCAACGGGACGCUGCAGCGCAUCCGCCUCCUGCACAGGUUCUUCUGGGACCGGCAGGAGCUCCUCUACUUCGACAGCGACCGAGGGAGGUUCGUGGCCGUGGCCGAGCUGGGCGAGCGCGACGUGGAAGCCUGGAACAAGGACAAGGCCAGACUGCGCAACGCGAUGGCCGACGUAGAGGGCUUCUGCCGGCACAACUGCGGCAUCCUCGCUGAGGGCUUCUCCUCCCGCAGGAAGAGUAAGUGGGGGAGCCGGGGGAGACACCUGGCGCUUCUGCCGCCCGCGCAACUGGGGAAAGGUCGGCACGCCCUUCAUGCGAGCAGGACGCUGAGUGAGUCUAGAAGGGGAUGGGGAGACCCCAUCAGACUCUUACUAUAUGACUAUGGUUUUGACAGCAAGUUUAGGCAUCCAAAGAGGGGGCAGGGCAAAGUCACCCCGGCAGAAGGAGGACACAAAGUUUUGCAUUUUGCUAACAAGAAGUUUGAGUUCCAGCCCAAGGUGAAGAUCAUCCCCACAGAGGAUGACUCCUCAUCGCACAACACUUUGCUGAUUUGCACCGUGGCCGGCUUUUUCCCUCCAAAGAUCGAGAUCAAGUGGUUCAGGAACGGGAAGGAGGAGACCAGAGUGUGGACCACAGACGUCACCCGGAACGGGGACUGGACAUUCCAGAUCCAGGUGAUGCUGGAGGCGCAGCCAGAACGCGGAGACGUCUAUGCCUGUCAGGUGGACCACACCAGCUUCGAGGGCCCCGUCACCGUGCAGUGGGAGCCACAGUCGGACUCCGCCAAGAGCAAGAUGUGGACGGGGAUUGUGGGGAUCGUGCUGGGGCUGGUCUUUGUGGCAACCGGACUCACCCUCUACCUGAAGAACAAGAAAGGGCGAUCCAUCCCUCAGCCUGCAGUGCUCAUCAGCUAGACUUCACUGCUCCGU